UCUUUCGCCUUUGCUUCAUUCUGUGCAGGACUGUCUUGAUCAAUCUGCCCGAAAGUCCGGGAGAGAUUUCACCACCAGACAGGAACUAUGGCCAAUUAUUCCGUGUGGAUACUAGCGGGAGUUUGUAUUCUAGCCCUGGUACAGAGCGCACAAAGCCAUGGAUAUAAACGAAAUUACAUGUCAAACUACAGAUACCAACGACCAUCAUCGUACGGAUAUUACAACAAAAGAUACUACAGACCAAAGACCAUUAUAAAAAAAGUUGCAGUGCCAAUUAUAAAGCAUGUUCCUGUUUAUAAAACAAUCAUCAAAAGAGUACCAGUUGUGAAAGUCAAACAAGUGCCUGUAACCAUUAUUCGCAAAGUUCCUGUUUACAAAAAGGUUGAAGUGGUAAAAGAAGUGCCCAAAAUCAUAAAGAAAAAAGUCCCAAGGCCAGUGAAAGUUGAGGUACCCGUCAGGAUCCCUUACCCAGUGGAGGUCCCAGUUGAGGUCCCCGUUGAGAAACACAUUCCAGUUCCCGUACCGGGAGGAAAGGGACAUAAUAUUGGCCUACCUGGAGUAGAUAUUGGCAUUGUUGACGGACCAGGAGGCCAUUUUGAUCUUGGAGGUGGUGGACAUGGCGAUUUUGGAGCCGGAGGGGGGCAUGGAUUGGACUUUGGGGGCCACGGCGGGGGUUUAGAUUUCGGAAGCCACGGAGGGGGUUUAGAUUUCGGAGGUCACAUGGACAUUGGCGGCCAUGACAUGCACGCCGGGGGCAUGGACAAAGGAAAAGGCAACGGAGGCGGUGGCGGAGGCGGCGGUGGAGAUAUAAAUAUCGGACUCGGUCUUGGUAUUGGAGAUGGAAUUGGAAAAGGCAGCGCGGGAGACGGAGCCGCCAUUGGAGUAGGAGGAGGCCCAGCAGGUGCGUGGAAUGGGCCAGGAGAUGGUCUAGCACUCGGGGCAGGGGGUCCGGAUGGGGCAAUGGGGAUAGGUAUCGGAACACCCGGCGGUAUGUCCAUCGGUGCUGGUUUUGGUAGGCCAGACUCUGGGGGUGGAAUUGGAAUAACAUCAGGCGCAAACGGUGGGGGGAUCGGAAUCGGGGGUGGGAAUAACGGAGGGGGUGGUGGGGCAUUAGGCGGACCAGCAAGCCUCGGUUUCGGAGUCGGACAAGGACAGAACGCUCUCGGACUUGGAAUGGGAUUAGAUCAAAUAGCAAAUACCAUUUUAGUUUCUGAUGCCGAUCAUGUACAAAUCUCAGGACAUCAUGGAAUGGGCGGGGGCGGAAGAGUCAUUGUCAAUGACGCUGACUCGGUUAACCUUGGUGGGAUGGAAGGGGGUCAUGACCCCGGGAUGGUAGCUCCAGUAGCCAUCCUUGGAAUCCAAGAUUCAGGAAUGCCAUUCGCUGAUCACAUGGGCGUGGGGAACGGCUGGGACAACGGCCACAACGGUUUCGACAACGGCAGAAUGCCCAUUAUGGGCGGCGGAAUGCCCCUUGGCGGCGGGAACGGAUUUGACGCCGGCUUUGAUUCCGGACUCGGAGCUAUUGUUGAUGGCGGACAUGGAAUCAGCAAGGGUGCUCACAAAAAAGUGUAAAGCAGGAUGGAGCCUAGACACUUGGGCGGGGGGAUAUUUCAUUGUUUAAUGUCAUUAAAUUAUAUUUUUCAUUCCAUGUUAAUAAAAUUACACAAACCUCA